GUCGAGGGCUUGAAGCAGCAGAGCAAAGCAACCCGCUGCAUCAAGGCAUGCAAGGCAAUCCUUGGCCCCUCUCUUCUGUCAUCCGAAAGUAGUUGUCAGCUGUCGCCAUGUCGUCGUCCGCUACUAUCAACCUAAUCGGAUGUGCGGCGCCCCUCCUGAGCGCAAGAACUCUUUCGGAUUGUCAAUCGGCCGAAGAUCCAACCUGCGAAGGAGGCGUUGCCGCAGUCGCUGCAUUGGCUCGUCAUCAUGCCAGUACGGACAAUGGUGAUCAAUCCACUCUGAUCAUUCCUAGGUUGGAUCGUCAACACGAGUUUGUGCAAUCGCACCCUCAGGGGUGGAACGUGAACACCCUCGUGCUGCAUCAGCACUUUGGUUGGAAUGUCGUUACAUCCCACCCGUCCUUGGUAGAAGAGAACCAACAGCAGCAAGAGCUCACAUUGGAUGACAGCAUUCAAGAGCAAAGUCCACCAAUGGACUUGAGCGGUCUUCAGACGCCCGACAUGCCGAUAGUCAUGACCAAUGUAGCUUUGCCUCCCAGCAACUCUUGGCACCCUUACGUUCAGUCGGUACACUUUGACACUCAGACCAGGAUUGCGAUCAUUGCAUUGGAAGAAGAGUUACCUAGCGAUACUGAUGAUGGCAACAGCAUUAGUUGGUCCCAAGUAGAAUCGGCGUGGAGUAGUCUAGAUUUCAUUGCCGCCGAAAACAAGCGACAAAACUGCGGCGAUUCCAUACCAACCACGACGACAACCACAUCAUUACCAACCGCAACAGCAACUCCACCAACAGCAACAGUUACCACAAACAUCAUCAGAACAAACACGACCAAUGAUACUCCAUCGAUUGAACAGGAUGCGGAUAUCAUUGUAUCGCAAAGAUCAGCAUCGAACAACAACUGUUGGAUUCCCAUCAUUUUAGUCUACAAGAAUAGAUCUUCCCAAGGCUUUGAUCGCCUCGUUUCGACCGUGUCCAAGCAUAAACACCCUCCCGCUCUGAUUGUGGAUUGGGAAGGUACCCAAAAGGCAUACAACACUCCCAAGGUCACGGAAGAAGAUGUUUGGAUUGUCAGCCAACCCAUGACAUCCGAUUCGUACAUACAGUUCCAAAUGACGAUAAACGAUGACACCCGUCGCAUCGACGAUUUGACCAUUCUCAGUGAGGACUUGAUGGAACCACUGCCAGCUGAAUUCAAAGAUUCACAAUAUGCCUCUGAUAUUGAUUUCUUGCGGAACCUUGCCGAUGAGGCCAUUGCUCAUGAUCCCAUUCUAGGCAAUAGCAACGCCAUGCCGCGGGCAGACACGGGGCAGUGUCGACACCAAGAAUGUGAAAUUGGAAACUUGUUCGCCGACAGUCUUCAAUGGUGGCAGCAACAACAACAACGAAACAACGACGUCGACUCUAGCCCUGCACAACAAGUUGCCUUCUUGCGGGGAGAUUCCAUCACAGGACCAGGAUGGUCGUUUGGUCAGAUUCAUAUCUCGGAUAUCUGGAAGACAUUACCCUAUCCCGUCACCGUUUGCACAGGCAAAGUCAGUGGAUUGUCACUCUUGCGUGUCCUGGAUCAUGCAGUGCGACACUCCGGGAGGGAAUCGCCGCGGGGUGGCAACAACGCAACAACAACAGCUGCAGGGGAUUUAUCACCUUUCUUGCAAGUGUCGGGGUUGCAAGUGGUUUAUUUCGGUUCAUCGUCAUCAUCACAGGGGAGUUCGACGCGUUUGAUCUCCGUCAAGGUCUGGGACCAGAAUGAGCGUGCCUACGUGCCACUGAAUCCCCUUCGUUUGUAUCGGUUUACCACCGAAAGCUCCAUGUGUGACGAGACGGAAUCUUCAUUCGCGUCGUUGCUCGGAGGUGACGACAAUGAUAGUGCGACACGGAUGGAAAGCAAACUGCUGCAGAACAUUGUUGGGGAAUACUUACAACAGCUUGAUGCAACGUACGUUCCUCACGUGGAGGACCGCUUGAUGGAAAGCACCGAUGAGAGUGCCAAGCCUCUAAACUUUGCUUCGACUGCCGGAGCCUGCCCAGAGGGAACGUAUUGGGAAGGUAAUGACAACUUGUGCCAAUCAUGCCCGAACACCAGAGAUCAUGUGACCAUAUCAGACAGCAGCGCGGAGUUCACUUUUCAACACGGCGAUACUCUGGAACCACAAACGGGACGAGUGGUGAUAGUGAACCGAGAUUUGCACAACUAUCUAGUCACAUCACGAGAUCUCCCACGUUGGUUCAAGUUCACGGGAGUGGACUCGUUGUCAUCGUCACGUCAAUCGCUUGAGGCAUGGCCGGAGCUUCCUGUGAGAUUGGCCAGUGGGGAGGAAAUUGCCUUUGACUAUGCUAUCAAUGCAUCCAAGGUUGGCGUCGGCAACACCUACCACACGAUUUUCUUCAACAUAUCUGCCUAUCAGCCAAUUUCAACCUGCGGAACAGAACCGUACACGUUGCCGUUGGGUACAUUGGUGCAAGUGAAUCCUCCUCCGGCUUCCGUGGGUCUUGGAUAUCACUCCUCGGCAGGGUUCACAUUAUUGGGCCUUAUCCUGAUGGGUUGCCUUGCUUUGGCGUCUUGGGUGUUCUUGAAACGAGAAAGAUGGGGAUAUGGCACGCUUGAAGCUGGCAAACUGGAUCACAAAUUUUCUCCCAUGCCGUUUCAACCAAUCUUCCUGGUUGCAAUAUGCUUCGGAGUGAUGACGAUGGCCUUCACGUUGUUGGCAUUGAGCAUCGAAGAAGCCUGGCAGUGCUUGGCUGCACCGUGGUUACUUUCAUUCGGCCUCACGAUUGUGUUUUCUGCGCUGAUAUCGAACCUUUCGGCUGCUAAGAAGAUGAUUCUGGAACCACCCAACGAGCAUGUAAUCCAAAUGUCAGCAAGAUACUUGUUGAAGGCAUUCGCCGCGCUUUUCAUUGUCAAUUUUGGAAUCCUUUGUUUCAUGCUUCUUGAUCCUCCAACAUGGGGUCAAAAGGCUGUUGACGACGAAGAUUGGAAAUCUUACGGGUUUUGCGACUACAGCGACCCGAAUGCAAGCCUCCUUAUCGCCAGUGGAGUUACCCAUUUCUUGACACUUUGCUAUGCUGUUUACCAGGCCUAUCACGUGAGCAACAUGAGCGAAGAAUUUCAGGAACUAAAGACCAUCAUGGUUGCCCUUUGUGUCUGGUUCCAGGUAACUGUCAUUGCCAUUCCCACGUGGUUCACAAUUGACAAGGGCAGCAUGAUUGGACAAUACUACUUCAAAGUUGUCACCAUCAGUACGCUCUGUGUGUCUAUGUUGCUCUGCAUAUUCUUGCCCGUGAUCACCAAGAAAUUUGUCCCACCAGUGAAGACGAUCGAAGAAAAAGAUGAGGACUACCAAUCCCUGUUUGGCGGGUUUAUGGGGUUCAACCAUUUUGCUGGAAGCGCUGUCAGCAACAGGGACAUUCACGGGGCGCCCGAUGAAGAGGUUCCGCAGGAGGAACAAAACCGUUGCCUCACCGACAAGGUUUGCUACUACCAGUAACGUGACGUCUGGGGGAACGGGGCCAGGGCAGCAAAAGGGAGAGAACGUUAAAUUUUAAUAAUAUAGAACAUGCUACUACGAACC